CACCAAUUUUCAAAUAAUACUUUCUUUCUUUCUCUUACUUUUGAUAUGAACCAAAACAAUAUCUUCAUGACAACAAAGAUGUCUCAAUUACUUUUAAAGCAACUGGGACCACGUUUAUUCUCCACAACAAGUUUUACACAUUCCAUCAUCGCCGAAUCCUCUAGGAUUCCAAAUGGAACCACUGUCGGAAUGACUAGGGUUUUAAACAUGCAUGUUCGUAAUUGGAGCACACAUGCUUCUUCUGAAUCUGGCAUGGACAAAAAAGAGAACACUAAUACAAAAGCGAUCUCAAGCUAUUGGGGUGUCGCACCACCAUCGCUCACCAAAGCCGACGGGUCAGCUUGGAAAUGGAAUUGUUUUCGGCCAUGGGAAGCUUAUCAAGCGGAUACAUCGAUUGAUGUCACGAAACACCACAAACCAGUCACAUGGAAUGAUAAGAUCGCGUUUUGGAUAGUUCAAGCACUCAAGUAUCCCACCCAUUUCUAUUUUCAGAAAAAACAUAUACACCAUGCGGUUCUACUUGAAACGGUGGCUGCGGUGCCUGGAAUGGUUGGAGGGAUGUUGUUGCACACAAAAUCAUUACGCCGAUUUGAGCAAAGUGGUGGAUGGAUCAAAGCCCUAUUAGAAGAAGCAGAAAACGAGAGAAUGCAUCUCAUGACAUUCAUUGAUGUAUAUGAACCAAAAUGGCAUGAAAGAGCCCUAGUUUUUGUAGUGCAAGGAGUAUUCUUUAAUGCAUACUUCUUAGCGUAUUUGGCAUCACCAAAGCUUGCUCAUAGGAUCACCGGCUACCUUGAGGAGGAGGCAGUGAAUUCGUAUACUGACUUCUUGAAUGAUUUGGAGAAGGGAGUAAUGAAGGAUAUUCCAGCACCAGCCAUUGCUAUUGAUUAUUGGUGCUUGCCGCAAAAUUCAACAUUGAAAGAUGUAGUGAGGGUUAUACGAGCGGACGAAGCACAUCAUCGUGAUCUUAACCAUUACGCAUCGGAUAUUCAAUGUCAAGGACAUGAAUUGAAGGAGUAUCCAGCGCCAAUUGGGUAUCACUAAAGAUAGCGAUCUACACAAGUUGUUUAAUAUAAUCGAUAAUUUGAAUGUAGUGGUCGUGGGUAUAAAUCCAGAUUUAGAAAUUGUAUUUUAAUUAAAAGGCUGUAUUUUAUACUGCAUAUAAAUUAUGUUUUUGGAUAUAAAUUAUUAAUGAUGUUUGUAAUUCAAUA